AUGAGCCCCUUGUCACAUCUGAUCUGCUUGCCAAAGAGGCCGUUCCGCGUUAACGCGCUCGGGGUCGCGACCCGCAAAUACUCAGGCAAGAAGAGACUGAUUUUUGACAUGUCCUCCCCUCAUGCAGCCUCUCGGGCUAGCAUUAAUGAGCUAAUUCCCCUCGAGCCAUUCUCACUGCAAUACGCUACUGUCGACAACGCCAUCGAACUCAUCAAGGUGGCGGGUAGGGGCGCGUUUUUGGCCAAGGCUGAUAUUACGGAUGCAUUCAAGACUAUGCCGAUACACCCUAGUGACUGGCCCCUAUUUGGCAUUAAGUGGAAGUCUGGAUUUUAUUUCGCUGUCCGGCUUACAUUCGGAUGCCGCAGUAGCCCGCAUAUAUUUAACACAUUGUCCGAGGCGUUAUGCUGGAUACUCCUUAACGUGUGCAGGUUACCCUUCGUGCUGCACCUGCUCGAUGAUUUUUUGCUCAUCGACUUCCCCGCAAACCAGGACUCUACGGUACUCGACACCCUCCGCAAUGUUUUUACGGCAAUUGGCGUCCCCCUCUCUCCCGAGAAGACCAUGGGUCCUGCUACGUCUCUCGAAUUUCUCGGGAUUAUGCUGGAUUCCGUUGAGAUGAAAGCGUCCCUCCCCGAGGAGAAGCUGGUCAGAAUCAGGGGAAUUUGCGAUUCAUUUUCCGCCGCCGCGUCUGUCACGAAACGCGAAUUGCUGUCGUUGCUCGGCCACCUCAAUUUUGCUAUGCGGAUUAUCCCCCAGGGGCGCUCCUUCAUCUCCCGUCUCCUCGACUUAGCUCACUCAGUGCCUGGCCUAAGCGACAUGGUAACCCUCGAUGACGGCUGUCGCUCGGACAUGCGCUUCUGGACGAUGCUGCUGAAUCACUGGAAUGGCAUCUCUUUUUUUUAUAACACUGAUCACGACUCGUCUGCCUCCCUGGAACUGUUUACCGAUGCUGCACCAUCCGUCAGCUUCGGCGGGUUCCAUGCAGGGGCGUGGUUCGCCGAGCGCUGGCCCCAUGAUUUCCUCGAGUUCGCGUCUGGCUCCUUAUCCUCGGCGCUCUUCGAACUGUACCCCAUCGUUGUCGCCUGCCUCCUCUGGGGCAGCGGAUGGUGCCGUAAACGCAUAACUUUUUUCUGUGAUAACACGGCCGUGGUCGACAUCCUCUGUAAAGGGCGUUCUAAAUGCCCUAAGAUCAUGGCUCUCCUGCGUCGGCUGACCUGGCAGUUGGUCGUUCACAAUUUCGUUGUCACUGCUGCUCACGUCCCUGGUUUCCGUAAUGUGGAAGCUGACGCUCUCUCUCGUCUCCGUUUGCAGGACUUCCACCGGUUGCGCCCCUCGGCCAGCUCCGACCCCCUGCCGUCCCCUGACUCUCCCCUGUUCCUCCUGCCUGAUGGCUCCCCCAUGUCCCGGCCGUGGUUCUGCAACCAGUUGGCCGCUGUUCUGCGGGGGUGCCACCUCUCGCCCAAGGAGUAUACGGCUCAUUCAUUCAGAAUCGGCGCGGCCACCACGGCCGCCCAGCGGGGUCUGUCCCCUACUGCAAUCAAGGCGCUGGGCCGUUGGUCAUCAGACGCCUACGCUUCCUACAUUCGCCUCACUCCUCAUCACGUCAUCGAAGCUCAGCGUGCUAUAUCUGGUCUGUAA